AUGGCAGCGGUAGAGGAGCUCAAACGGGCAGGCGCUGGCGAGACGACCACCACCGCUACUACCCUGUCUGCGACCUGGAAGCUGGUGUGGACCACUGAGAAGGAGACACUCUGGAUCAUACAGAACUCGGGGCUGUUUGGCACCAAGGCCGGGGAUGUCUUCCAGGUCAUUGACGUUGACGCGGGGCGGCUGCAGAAUGUGGUAACUUUCCCACCUCAGGGUGCCUUCAUCGUCGACAGCGGUAUCCAGGUGGACGGGCCCCAGCGCACAACGUUCAAAUUUAACAGCGCGAAGCUCAAGCUUCCAUCGAGGGACUUCAAGCUGCCGCCCUUUGGGCAGGGCUGGUUUGACACCGUGUAUGUCGACGAUCAGCUGCGCGUGGCCCAGGACAUCCGCGGGGACACCCUCGUGGUGGCGCGCGACGGGCCGCCACGCAUCUUCACAUGA